AUGAAACUUGUUGCAAAAGAUGCAGUAGCUAUUGCAAGUUAUUUUAAUAAUGUUAAUCAUGCAUAUUGGAUAAAAAGACUUCGUGAUGAACAAAUGGAUUUGUAUAGGAAUACAUAUGGUUUAGUAUCACCAAAUGAUACUCGAUGGAACUCAAAUUAUGAUUGCUAUGUAAGUUUGUUGAGAUCCAAAGGAGCUUUGAAGACAUUAGUAACCAAAUAUCAAGCCACAAGAAAUUUGAGAACUAAUGAAAGAUCCUUUGUACUUUCUGAUAAUUUGUGUCAGAUUAUUAGUAAUGAAGAGUGGUGGGAAGAUGUAGAAGAACUUAAAGAUCUUAUGGAACCUUUUGCAAGAUGUUUGGAUAAAUUACAGGCAGAUAAGGCACAAUUACAAGCACGUACAAUUGAACCAAGUAUUAUUAAUUUAUUAUAA